AUGUCGCUUGAUGACAGCUGCAUUGAUCUAAAGCUGAUUUAUAACGAUUUAAAGGUUUCCAUGGAUUUUUCAAAAGAUCAUAUCUUAAAUCAUUCGAAAUGCUUGGGAUUUCUGCAUUUGCAUAUUGUCCAAUAUCUAAAGAAAGCUUUGAAACGUGCUGAGGCAAGUUUGAGAGAAAAUGAAAAUGAAAGUAACCGUUUGAAAGCAAAACUUGGAAAUUCUGAGCACGCAAUGGAAGAUUAUAAAAUUGAGUUGAGUAAGCACAAACUGGAAAUCGAAAGAUUAAGGCAAGAACUGUUGAACUCAAAAUUGGACAAAGAUGCCGAAUACAACAAGAGCAUUUAUUUUUACUAG